GAGAAAGACAGUGCACCAAGGAGAGCUUGACCGGAGCUCUGGCGGUGAGUGCCGAGGCCCAGCCCCAGGCUACUACUAAGCCAAGUAUACAACCCAGUCCGGCCAUCGGAGCGAGGCCGAUGACAGCGACAGCUUCAAACGGGCCUAAGCCCGAUGCAGCCCGAUCCAGGCACUCUCCAUCGCUGCCUGAGGGUGCAACAUUCCCACCACGACCACCAUUUAAGUUUUGCCAUUCCCAAGGAAUGCUCGACCGUUCGGAACCAUCCUUCAACAAAAACAACACAUCUAUAGCAACAUCGCAGAAACCAGGAAAAGCAUCCAGACGUUCCGAACUCUUUCGAAUGAACUGGCAGACUGGGCGACGAACAACUGGGCUACCAAUCUCAUAUAGGCCUGACCAUCAGCUGAUCCUGGCUUCCCGGGCGGCAAUGACGUAUGCGGAACGGGUUGGGGGCAGGCAGUGACGUAGGCGUCCACCACUCCAUAAAAUGUUGUAGAUCCUGGUCCAUGGCGCAGAGGGGGAGAGGCAGCUGUCAGACCUUCUUUUUGUUUUCACCCUGUUCUCAACGUUGGAGGCAG